AUUUGUAAGGCAGGUGAAAGGUAUGGACGUCGAAGAAAAAAGUAGUGAAGAAGAAGACACACCCCAAAACAUAAGCGCAUUCACAAAAUACGAUGAGAGUAUCAUAGUGACGAACGCGGAAGAAAUAAAGAGUCCAGUUUACAACCGAACGAUUACGAUGAAGAAUUCAAAAAAUCCAUCGAGUGAUAUAAGUGACGAUCUCGAUAUUAAUUCCACGAGUGGGCCAGCUUUUCGAAUGCUGUCAACACAUGAAGAAUCUUUUCAACCGGCAAGUGGUGUCGGCAGUGAUCCCUCAGAUAGUGAAGAGACUGAUGAUGAUGACAUUGAGGGAACAAAUGUAAAAAAACCAAUAGAAUUAUACGAUGCUAAAGAGUUCGAUGAACUCGAUGUAUCCACCGAGGUCAGGGAACUCUUCCAGAAUAUCACGAGGUAUACCCCUCAAAAAAUGGAGCUGAGUUAUAAGGUCGCACCGUAUAUACCUGAUUUCAUACCAGCAGUGGGAGAUAUCGACGCGUUUAUAAAGGUCCCCAGACCAGACGGAGUUGAUAACAAAAUAGGAUUGAUUGUCCUGGACGAGCCAUGCGCGAAUCAAUCGGAACCUGCGGUUUUGCACUUGCAACUCCGGAGUCAGAGCAAAAGUUCAGAUACCCGUCAACAAGUGGUGAUAAAGAGAAUAGAAGAGGCUGAAAAAAAUAGGAAAUCAAUUGAGAAGUGGAUAGAUGAUUUGAAUAUAUUACACAGAAGUAAACACCCACCUGCUGUAAGAUUGAGCGAGCCCAUGCCUGAUAUCGAUAGUCUCAUGCAGCAAUGGCCAUCAGAGGUUGAGAAUACACUCAAUGAUACUCAAUUAGACCUGACAAAAUUUGAUUGUGAUCUUCCACAUCUAGUGGAUAUUGUCUGCAACCUCAUGGACAUACCGGUCAAGCCUGAAACACGUCUGGAAUCUCUCUAUACACUUUUUAGUUUAUUCUUGGAAGUACGAGACAUUAAAGACUCGACGAGCUUUUCAGUUUAAAUCAAAAAAUUCUUAUGUAUUAUUCAUACAAUUUAUUCUUAACCUUGAAAUAUAAAAAAUUCUCCCACUGAAUUUUUUUUCAUAAUUUGACAUAUCAAUUAUAAUUACGCAGACAAUUAAAAUGGUU